AUGGUUGAUGCUACUGAAAAAAAGAAGAGAACCUUCAAACAAUUCUCCUACAAAGGUGUUGAUUUAAAAGAUUUAGUUGAAAUGCCAACUGAAGAAUUCACUAAAUUAUGUGGUGCCAGAGUAAGAAGAAGAUUUUCAAGAGGUUUAGAUGCUAAACCAAUGGGUUUAAUUAAAAAAUUAAGAGCUGCAAGAGCUGCUACUGAACCAAAUGAAAGACCAGCUACUGUCAAAACUCAUUUAAGAAAUAUGAUUGUUGUUCCAGAAAUGAUUGGAUCAGUUGUUGGUGUUUAUAACGGUAAAGUUUUCAACACUGUUGAAAUCAAACCAGAAAUGGUUGGUCACUACUUAGGUGAAUUUUCAAUUACUUAUACUCCAGUUAGACACGGUAGAGCUGGUAAUGCUUCAUCAAGAUUCAUGCCAUUAAGAUAA